CACAACAUAGCACGUACCUCGCCUUCUAGUAUCGGGAUGUCCGAUUCGUCAAGGUCCCCCUCCUGCGCCAUGGCCCCUUCCCUCCCGAUAUACCCCUGGCGUCUCUUCGAUCUGGAAGACCAUGGUAGCCUGCGCCCGCGACGAUCUUCGUCAAAAUUCCAAGCCGCUUUCGCAUCUCGUAGCGCCUCACAAAGACGCACUGAUCUCUUUCGGCAUCUACAAGGCGACGGCCAGACGCGUGCGCCGAGAAGUUGUCACCCUGUCGUUGCAUCGUCGGGCCGGUCAUGGUGCUCGCGUGUGACACGCCCAUGUCAGUCCCCGGAACGCCGCCGGCGCGGCCUCUGACAGAGAUGGUAGAGCUCGUACUUGUGUUGCUGAAGACGACUGUGGCCGAGUCGGCCUCGGUCUUGCCCCAGCCACGGAUUACGACGAGAUUUUCCUGCGUGAGUCGAUGCCCGAGGACGCCCGUGGCACAGGCGUACCAUUUGCCGUGGUUCCGGGCGAUGUACUUCUCCAGGAUCUGAUUCUCGAAUAGCGUCUCGGCAUACGUCUCGCUCUUCAGCGCGAGCACCGCACGCCCGGAGGCAAGGGCUGCCUGAUCUCGAACGGAGGUUCCCAGAACGAGACUUCUCCUCAAGUGCAGAGGUAUCCCAAGUUGAAGAGUGUGAUGAACGCGCCUCUGAGUGCGAAGCCGACGUCUCCAAUUUGUGACUCCCCCGGCCCGGCGUCUCAUGCGGCUCUGGGUACCAAAGCGCGUGGCCUUCGUGAAGCGUCGCAAGACGUGAGAAAUAGAUUCCGUCAAGUGCAGAGGACGGGCGACGUAGGGUGAACAUUAGCGGCGAGUGGGCGGAUUUGGUGCAAGUGGGCGGGGCGUUGAUGGCGAUGUAGGACUAGCGUUGUUAGCCUGAUGGUUUCGCACGACUCAAGUCGGUAACUAGCCAGUGUACCACAUCUACUGUUCGCCAUAGAAUAUAGGUGCAGAUCGUAUGACGAGUCGUAGAUGUCUCGUGCUAAACUGU